UUCUGUGGGAUCAGAGGGCACACCUGUUGUGGUCAGAAAACUCCAAGUAUAGCAGCAGGGAUGGAUGAACAGGCCCUUUUAGGGCUAAAUCCAAAUGCUGAUUCAGAUUUAAGACAAAGGGCCAUAGCGUAUUUCGAACAGUUAAAAGUUUGCCCAGAUGCCUGGCAAGUGUGUGCAGAAGCUUUAGCCCAGAGGACAUAUAGCGAUGAUCACAUAAAGUUUUUCUGCUUUCAAGUACUAGAACAUCAAGUAAAAUACAAAUAUGUAGAACUAAAUACUGUUCAACAACAACUAAUUAGAGAGACACUCAUAUCUUGGCUUCAGGCUCAGAUGGUGAACCCCCACCCAGAGAAGACCUUUAUACGAAAUAAAGCAGCCCAAGUCUUCGCCUUGCUUUUUGUUACAGAGUAUCUCACUAGAUGGCCCACAUUUUUUUUUGACAUUCUCUCAGUAGUGGACCUAAAUUCAAGGGGUGUAGAUCUGUAUCUCCGAAUCCUCAUGGCUAUUGAUUCUGAGUUGGUGGAUCGAGAUGUGGUGCAUACAUCAGAGGAGGCUCGUAGGAAUACUCUAAUAAAAGAUACCAUGAGGGAGCAGUGCGUUCCAAACUUGGUGGAAUCAUGGUACCAAAUCUUACAAAAUUAUCAGUAUACUAAUUCAGAAGUGACAUGUCAGUGCCUUGAAGUAGUUGGGGCGUAUGUCUCUUGGAUAGACUUAUCUCUUAUAGCCAAUGAUAGGUUUGUAAAUAUGCUGCUAGGUCAUAUGUCAAUAGAAGUGCUCCGAGAAGAGGCAUGUGACUGUUUAUUUGAAAUUGUAAAUAAAGGAAUGGAUCCUGUUGAUAAAAUGAAACUAGUAGAAUCUUUAUGUCAAGUAUUACAGGCUGCUGGGUUUUUCAGCAUUGACCAGGAAGAAGAUGUUGAUUUUCUGGCCAGAUUUUCUAAGCUGGUUAAUGGAAUGGGACAGUCAUUGAUAGUUAGCUGGACAAAAUUAAUUAAGAAUGGUGAUAUUAAGAAUGCUCAAGAUGCACUCCAAGCUAUUGAAACAAAAGUGGCAUUGAUGUUGCAGCUAUUAAUUCAUGAGGAUGAUGACAUCUCCUCUAACAUUAUUGGGUUUUGUUAUGAUUACCUUCAUAUUUUGAAACAGCUUACAGUGCUCUCGGAUCAGCAAAAAGCUAAUGUAGAGGCGAUCAUGUUGGCCGUAAUGAAAAAAUUAACUUAUGAUGAAGAAUACAAUUUUGAAAAUGAGGGUGAAGAUGAAGCCAUGUUUGUAGAAUAUAGAAAACAACUGAAGUUAUUGUUGGACAGGCUUGCUCAAGUCUCACCAGAGUUACUGCUGGCUUCUGUUCGCAGAGUUUUUAGUUCUACACUGCAGAGUUGGCAGACUACACGGUUUAUGGAAGUUGAAGUAGUAAUAAGAUUACUGUAUAUGUUGGCAGAAGCUCUUCCACUAUCUCAUGGUGCUCACUUCUCAGGUGACGUUUCAAAAGCCAGUGCUUUGCAAGAUAUGAUGCGAACUUUGGUAACAUCAGGAGUUAGUUCCUACCAGCAUACAUCUGUGACAUUGGAGUUCUUCGAAACUGUUGUUAGAUAUGAAAAAUUUUUCACAGUUGAACCUCAGCACAUUCCAUGUGUAUUAAUGGCUUUCUUAGAUCAUAGAGGUCUGCGGCAUUCAAAUGCAAAAGUACGCAGUAGAACUGCUUACUUGUUUUCUAGAUUUGUCAAAUCGCUCAAUAAACAAAUGAAUCCUUUUAUUGAAGAUAUUUUAAAUAGAAUACAAGAUUUAUUAGAGCUUUCUCCACCUGAGAAUGGUUACCAGUCCUUGUUGAGCAGUGAUGAUCAACUGUUUAUCUAUGAGACGGCUGGAGUGCUGGUUGUGAACAGUGAAUACCCAGCAGAAAGGAAACAGGCAUUAAUGAGGAAUCUCUUGACUCCACUGAUGGAAAAAUUUAAGAUUCUGUUAGAAAAAUUGAUGCUGGCACAGGAUGAAGAAAGGCAAGCAUCUCUAGCAGAUUGUCUUAACCAUGCUGUUGGAUUUGCCAGUCGAACCAGCAAAGCUUUCAGCAACAAGCAGACUGUGAAACAGUGCGGCUGUUCCGAAGUUUAUCUGAACUGUUUACAGACAUUCUUGCCAGCCCUCAGUUGUCCCUUACAAAAAGAUGUCCUCAGAAGUGGAGUUCGCACUUUCCUUCAUCGCAUGAUUAUUUGCCUAGAGGAAGAAGUUCUUCCAUUUAUCCCAUCUGCCUCAGAACACAUGCUCAAAGAUUGUGAAGCAAAAGACCUCCAGGAGUUCAUUCCUCUUAUCAACCAGAUUACAGCCAAAUUUAAGAUACAGGUAUCCCCAUUUUUACAACAGAUGUUCAUGCCUCUACUUCAUGCAAUUUUUGAAGUGUUGCUCAGACCAGCAGAAGAAAACGACCAGUCUGCUGCUUUAGAGAAGCAAAUGUUGAGGCGGAGCUACUUUGCUUUCCUACAAACCGUCACAGGCAGUGGGAUGAGUGAAGUCAUUGCAAAUCAAGGAGGCAAAGAUGGACCAGUGGGAUUUGCUGACUUUGUUUAUAAGCACAUUGUUCCUGCAUGUUUUCUGGCACCAUUAAAGCAAACCUUUGACCUGGCAGAUGCACAGACAGUAUUGGCUUUAUCCGAGUGUGCAGUGACACUGAAAACAAUUCAUCUCAAACGGGGCCCAGAAUGUGUUCAGUAUCUUCAACAAGAAUACCUGCCCUCUUUGCAGGUAGCACCAGAAAUAAUUCAGGAAUUUUGUCAAGCUCUUCAGCAGCCCGAUGCUAAAGUUUUUAAAAAUUACUUAAAGGUGUUUUUCCAGCGAGCAAAGCCCUAAGGACUGGAUCUCCUUCCACCUUCAUCAUGAUCAAGAAUUCCAAUUAAUAACUUACAAAGAAGUGAUUUUUGUGUACCAUUCACACUGACCUUUUUAACAUUGCUUUUAGUCUUCUGCAAUAUGUGUAUUGGGAUUUUCCAGUAAAAUGGGUAUCAUCUUUCCUAAGUGUAGGCACAUGAUGAGAGGUUGCUUGCAUGCUGUUAAAAGAUACAGCAAAGUUAUCCUGGUAUCUUAAUUUUAUUUUUAUUUUUUUAAUUUGAAAGUUUAAGUCAAGUCCUUUAUAAAGGCCAUACCAGUGGGGAGAAAAGUACUUUUAAAAUUUUGCUGAUAUAAGAUGUUUGAGAAAUUAAAUUUUCUUUUACAUGUACUGACACAAAGUAUGGGGGGGAUUGGAUACAACAAUCAAAUUAAUUGUUUGUAGAUGUCCAGGACCUUUCUUUAAAUUGUUUCAAUGCCAAUGUGUAUUCUACAUAAGAGAAUGGUUUUAUCAACUAAUGGACUUCAAAGUAGGUUGGUAUUACACAUAUUUUAAAUUAAAAAAUAAAUAAAUUUUAUGUAGUGAACUCUA